CGCCUGCAACCUGUCUCAGGCUCAUUUAGCAGGACCUGACAGUGUCGCAUCAAGCCUCUCCAGUCUGUCUGCUGUCACCAUGGCCUGUGUACAAACAUCCUCCAACAGGCCCUACCACCUGGUUGUGUUUGGAGCCUCUGGAUUCACAGGACAGUUCGUGGUGGAGGAGGUUGCCCGGACUGUUUCCGAGGGUCCGAAGGGGAACCUAAAGUGGGCCGUGGCCGGCAGGAGCAAGCAGAAGCUGGAGAAAGUCCUGGAGCAGGCCGCUGGAGCCCUCAGUAAGCCAGAGCUGAGGACAGAGGUGGACAUCAUUGUGGCAGAUGUAGAAGAACCAGACUCCUUGGCAGCCAUGUGCAAACAGGCAGUUAUUGUCCUCAACUGUGUGGGGCCUUACAGGUUCUACGGUGAGCCAGUGGUCAAAGCCUGUGUGGAGAAUGGAGCCCACCAUCUUGACAUCUGCGGAGAGCCUCAGUUUCUGGAGAGCAUGCAAUUGAACUACAACAGCCAGGCAGCUGACAAAGGAGUGUACAUCAUAGGCAGCUGUGGAUUCGACUCCAUUCCUGCGGACAUGGGAGUCCUCUACACAAGGGACCAGUUCAAGGGUACACUAACUGCAGUGGAGAGCUUCCUGACCGUCAGCACAGGAGCUGAUGGUGGAUGUAUCCACGAUGGAACAUGGCAGUCAGCCAUCUAUGGUUUUGCCGACAGCCAGAAGCUUCAGAGUCUUAGGAGGAAGUUUAAUCACAAACCUCUCCCGACUGUUGGUGCUAAAAUUAAACGCAGGGGUUCAUUGUUCUACAGCAAUGAGAUCCAGCAGUAUGCGUUGCCCUUCAUGGGCUCUGAUCCCUCUGUUGUCAAGAGAAGCCAGCGCUUCCUGGUGGAGGAACAUCAGGCCACACCGGUUCAAUAUGGAGCGUAUGCAGGCAUUGGAGGCAUUGGCAACAUUAUCAAGAUGAUGUUUGCUGGCAUGAUGUUCUGGUUCUUGGUCAAGUUCAGUUUUGGCCGCAACCUGCUCACCAAGCACCCAGAGUUCUUCUCCUUUGGAUUCUUCUCCAAGUCUGGACCAACUAGGAAGCAGAUGGAGGGUUCAUCCUUCAGGUUUGCUCUCUAUGGAGAGGGAUACACAGAGGAACAGGACCCCACCCAGGGAAAACCUAAUGGAAAAAUUCGCACACUGGUUCAAGGACCAGAGUGUGGAUAUGUGGCCACGCCCAUUGCCAUGGUACAGGCUGCUCUAACAAUCCUCAACGAAUGCUCAGCUUUGCCAAAGAAGGGAGGAGUGUACACUCCAGGAGCAGCUUUUGCAGGAACCACACUGAUUGAUCGCCUCAACAAACACGGCAUCCAAUUCUCCGUCAUCUAAAGUUUGGCCCCUCUCUGAUGCCGCACCCCAGGUUUCUCUCAGCACUUAUGUAGUAUAUGCAGAAUAACAACUGGAGAGUUUCCAAUUUUAGAAGAGAGCUAUUUCAUCAUGAAAGCCUUUAAUAGGGAUGAGAGACCCUUUCAGAUUAAAUUGUAACGCUGCUCUUGACAAUACUUUCCACAUUUAUCCUUUUUCGAUUAGUCAGAAACUUGCCAGUCUCCCUUUGGCUUGAAUGUAACAUUACUAUUAACUCUCUGCUUGCAAGACAAUUAGCACAACUGCAGCAGCGUUUCCAAGCCAAAGACAGUAGAGAGAUAGUAGUGUGGAUAUGGGUUUAGCAUCACUAACAUGAUUACUGCUAAUGGAAAAGGAUUUAUUCCAGGAUUUCGUUCAGACCGUGCCUGUAAACCCAAUCAAAAAAUUCAAUUGUAAUUUAUAUUUGUACCUCACUUGUUAGUUCUGCAUUUGCCAAUGUAGACUAUAGGUGAUAAGAAAAAAACAUGAAGCUGUCCCUAUUAUCAAAUAGGUAGAGCAAAUUGGUUAGCGACAGACAGAAAUUGUAGCCUGAUCAAAUGGAAACAUUGCCUAAUGAUACAAGCAGUAUAAAAAAUGGCCCUUUCAUAAUUGCCACACCCUCAUGAUGCAGUCUAUUUGGGAUUCAGUCACACAGGAGGUAGGUCAACAUGAGUCAAUGAUGACCACCAGUCGACAUCGACAUGAGUUGAUCCACUCUCAUUCUUUCUUAGUUCUGUUUUUGUAACAUACAGCAGCUUCUUAUGCACAAGCACAUUACUCCCCCAGUAGCACUAGCAAGGUAUUUGUGCUUGUGUUGUUUUGAUUCAGUGGAGUUGUCAGUAGAUAAUAGGAGCCUGCUGUGUGUGCACGUACAUGCUUGCCUUUCCUGGCCUGGCCUGCUAGUUGAAGUCUUGAUCGCUUGGUUUUUGAUAGUUAAUGGUUGGACUAUCACUAGGUCGUCCUAAUAUGUUGGAUUUUUUUUUUUCGUUUAGUAGCAUAAACUCACCUGUCUAAACCUUUGCCUUUGAGCCUUGCCAGCAUCGUCUCUGCUGUUGAGUUAACGUGUGUGUGAAAAGCUCAUUUGUUUUUGUUUCUUUUUUAUCUGAAGGUCUUGUUGCUCUUAUGGACUGGCAUCGUUCUACACAGUAAUGUUAUAUUAGUCCAGACAUGUUUUAGACGUUUGAGUUUGUGAGUGUUAUGCUGCUCGUGACAGGCUAUGUUUUGGGGUUUAGUCUGUGGUUUGAUUUGCUUUGCUUUGUUUUGCCUCCUAAAUAAAGCCAACUCUGCUAACA